GUCCCCUUUUGCUAUUGCCGAAUUUUGAUUACCGGAUCCUGCGGCACUGCAGCCUGCACAACUUGAAUCUUGGCAUCAUGAGCACUGCCAAUGGGGGAUCUUUGUUGCUAUUGGCAGACCUUGGCUACUUUGGUUGCCCUGAGACUCUGACGUUGCGCCAGCGAUUAGCUAUUGCAUACAAGGAUUUCCGGUACAACAUCAGAAUGGAGCACACCUUUAUCGAUGAGGAUCAGAUGAAGUGGUGUAAGCGACUUUGCCAGUUAUCUGAUAGACGCAAUCUUGCCCAGUCCAUUGCCAAAAAGGCACCCGUUAGAUUGGUUGCAAUGAAGUUUCACAUCAACAAAUUAAACAAGAUCAACAAACGGAGGGAGAUGAGAUAG